AUGCACGGAGCCAGGUCCAAGUUCACGAAUCGUCUCGAGAAUGUUGUCGAUGAUCAUUUAUUUGGUUGUGUAAUCAUUAAUAAGGAAGUGCAAUUUCAUCAUGUGAGUGGGACGAUGUUGGAAAUUGAAAUAUGGUGAUAUUGUUUCAAGUAUUAUAUUUUAGAUGAUGACAAAAUAAUUUAAUGUUUUCCAAUUUUUUUUGUUCUAGGAUAACAAAAGGGUCCUUGUGAGAUCCGAUAUCAAAAAAGUCAUAGAUAGAAAGGUGACUGUCGUGUGUGGCGGCGGAUCUGGCCAUGAACCCUUUGCUGCAGGUAAAACAAUAUAAGUUUUUAAUCGAAAUCAAAUAUUUUCAAAAUAAUAUCGUCUUUAGGCUUUGUUGGUCCAAACGGCUUGACUUCAGCCGUCUCUGGCGAUAUUUAUGCCUCGCCGUCAGCUCAGGAAAUCACAGAUGCUAUUACAAUUGGACUAUCGACUAAAGGAACCAUCGUUUUUUCGAAUAAUUAUACGGGAGAUCGAUUAAAUUUUGGAAUGGCUAUUGAAAACAUUAGGAACUCGCACCCUCAGUACAAAAUGAAGAUGUUUUUCAUCGAUGAUGAUGUCUCUUUGGAACAAAAAAAUGGAUUUGAAACUGGUCAUCGGGGAUUGGCUGGGACUGUCUUGAUCCUUCAGGCUGCUUCAGUUUGGGCAAAGAAAGGGAUGGGAUUUGAAGAGAUUGUGGAGAAUGUUGAGAAGAUGAUUUCUAGCCUUGGUAGGGCAAAAUAAUUAUGGUCUUUUGAUAAUUUUUAUUAACUUUGUUAUGAUGACUAACAAAUCCUCUGUUAUAUUUUUUAAUUUUCACUUAUUUCUAGCUACUUUUGGGGUGAGUCUUUACCCAUGCUCCCUGCCAGGCAAGGAUUACAUGUUCAAAUUGCCAGAGGACGAGCUGGAACUUGGCCUUGGGAUUCAUGGGGAGCCGGGAUUGGAACGAAUGAAAAUCACCACUGCCAAGAAAAUUAUUCAAAAAUUAAUGCCAAAAUUGGUGUUUAGUCAUAGAUUGGGAUUCAGAAAGGAAGACGACUUACCAGUGGUCAUCCUAUUAAAUAAUCUGGGUUCUGUCAGUCAAUUGGAAAUGAAUAUUUUGACCAAAGAAAUAUUAGAUUGGACAGGUAGCAAGCGUAAAAUAAUAUAAAUAUUAUCCUAAUUGCAGCUCUCAAUACGAAACUCCGGGUCUCGGCCUUUUUUCGUGGCCCUGUGACCACCUCCAUCGAUGGUCAUGGAGUGAGUAUCAGCGUGCUGAAGCUCGCCCACCCCGCCUGGCUCCCGACUCUACUCACUUUCAGUCCCAUCUCGAAGUUUUGGUCCGUGACCCCUCCCCGGUGAAUGUUUGUUUUUACUGAGUAAUUCGCUCGUCUUUUAUAAAGACCGUAACUUUUGAAGACUAAUAAAUUUAUGAGGGUUUCGGAUCGUAUUUGUAUGCUUUUCUUUUGUGUCCUCAGGCAUGUUUUGUCUAGAAAUAUUAUCACUUUUCAAGACGUUCACAUGGUUAAUUCUCCCGGCUGCACUUUAUCGGUAAGCUGAUUUUUUGUUGGUUAUAUCUUUGUUAUAGGGCGAUGUUCUGGUGGAAUGUGACGGAACCGAAAGAGAAGUGUCAGCUGAGGAGAAAUUGGCAUUAGAUUAUUACAAAGAGACCAGUAGGAAAUGGCAUGAAGAUCUAGAUAAACUGGUAAGGGGAAUUUAAUCUUAUAAUGCGACAUUGGUCUUAAAUCAUGAUAUAAAUAACAAAAAUUAAAUUCAUAGAUCAACUUUCAGCUCGCCCAAUCGCUAAAUCAUGCUCCCAGGUUCGCCCUGCCGGACUAUCCCCAAUUCCCACCAAUAUGCAAAUUAUGUUAA